CACUCACUUUCUAAGAUUUGGAUUCUGGGGGCAUGUUCCCAGAAAGGUAUGAGCAGAGAAGUCCUCAUUUUGGAUGGGAAGUGGAAAUAUUAUAAGGAUGCCCAGGAGAGGUUUAGUAAUUCAAGCCAGAACUCGUUGGCUGUUAGUGGGUCUGGCCUUACUAUUCAGUUUAAUCUUGCUCAUGUACUUGCUGGAAUGUGCUCCGCAAACGGAGGGUAAUGGAUCUCUGCCGGGCAUCGUGGGUGAGAGCCUGGGUAAAGAAUACUACCAAGCCCUCCUCCAGGAACAGGAGGAGCAUUACCAGACCCGAGCUACCAGUCUGAAACGGCAGAUUGCCCAGCUAAAGCAAGAGCUGCAGGAAAUGAGUGAUAAGUUGAAAACCCUGCAGGAGAAGAAGAGCCCCAAGAUCAAUGGUAUGAACUACCAGGGCACCAAAGAACAAGCAUCUAAUGAUCUCCUAGAGUUUCUCCAUUCCCAGAUUGACAAGGCUGAGGUGAGCGUGGGGGCUAAGCUGCCUAGCGAAUAUGGCGUCAUUCCCUUUGAAAGCUUCACGUCCAUGAAAGUGUUCCAGCUAGAGAUGGGGCUCACUCGGCAUCCGGAGGAAAAGCCUGUUAGGAAGGAUAAGCGAGACGAACUGGUGGAAGUCAUCGAGGCUGGGCUGGAAGUUAUCAAUAAUCCAGAUGAAGAAGAUGGACAAGAUGAAGAUGAUGGAGUAGAAGAGAGGCAGCUGUAUAAUGAAAAUGAUUUUGUAGAAGGUUACUAUCGUACAGAAAGAGAUAAGGGGACACAGUAUGAGCUGUUUUAUAAGAAGAUGGAUGGCAUGGAGUACAGACAUGUCACAUUGUUCCGACCUUUUGGACCACUCAUGAAAGUGAAGAGUGAAACAGUCGAUAUUUCUAGAUCAAUCAUUAACAUUAUUGUUCCUCUUGCUGGAAGAACUGAGGCAUUUGCACAAUUUAUGCAAAACUUUAGGGAUGUGUGUAUUCAUCAGGAUAAGCGUAUUCACCUCACUGUGGUAUAUUUUGGACAAGAUGGACUGUCGGAAGUGAGAAGUAUCCUAGAGUCUGUAGCUAGGGAAACUAAUUUCCACAACUACACACUUGUCUCUUUGAACGAGGAAUUUAACCGUGGCCGGGGACUUGACAUGGGUGCCAGAGCCUGGGAGAAGGGCGAGGUCCUGAUGUUCUUCUGUGACGUUGAUGUUUAUUUCACAGCCGAGUUCCUCAACAGUUGCCGCUUGAAUGCUGAGCCUGGAAAAAAGGUUUUCUAUCCUGUGGUAUUUAGCCUCUAUAAUCCUGCUAUUGUCUAUGCCAACCAAGACACACCACCAGCUGUGGAGCAGCAAUUGGUACACAAGAAGGACUCGGGUUUCUGGCGGGAUUUUGGCUUUGGGAUGACUUGUCAAUAUCGGACAGACUUUCUGACUGUUGGGGGGUUUGACUUGGAAGUGAAAGGCUGGGGCGGUGAGGACGUCCACCUGUACAGGAAGUACCUGCAUGGUGACCUUAUUGUGGUGAGGACGCCAGUCCCCGGUCUCUUCCACCUCUGGCACGAGAAACAUUGUGCAGAUGAACUGACGCCGGAGCAGUACCGCAUGUGCAUCCAAUCCAAAGCCAUGAAUGAAGCGUCUCACUCGCACCUCGGCAUGCUGGUCUUCAGGGAGGAGAUUGAGACCCACCUCCGCAAACAGGCCUACAGGACUAACAGCGAAGCAGCGGGUUGAACGGAGCCCCGGGGCAGCGGGAACAUGAUGACUUCCAAUUCACAAUGAACCAGCAUCAUUUUACAGCCUUAAUUCAGCUUAAAAAUGCAGUGCCUCUCUUUUUCAGUGAAGAAGAGUUUAGGGGGUUUUUUUGGUUCUUGUUCUUGUUUUCUAAGUAAUUCUUUGACUGAUACACUAUUACCUACAUAUCUUACCAGUUCAAGCACCUGAAAUAAGAAUCCGGGAAGCUGAGGUAGUUCAAGGAAAGUGUCUCCAGUAUUGACUGGAAAAACGCAUCAGUGGCAUGUA